CAAAAGUCCACCAGGUCAGGACGGAAUAAUUUACAGUCAGAAUGAAUGUUCAGAUGUCAGGUUGGCUGUUUCUGGUAACUCUCUCGUUGUUUACAUGGAACACAGUUGCCUGGUUACAGGAAAGGUUAGACAGAUCGAAUGAUUUCGAGGAAUGUUACGGAGUGCAUGCUUCGAAUAUAAGUGGAAAACUACCUUUGGCAGAAAAUUCAUUCGAGAAAAGAUGCACAGAUUUAUUAAUACCUUUCGACACAUCUCGUAAACGUAUUGGCAAUUUUACCGCAAAAGAGAUCAAUUAUAUUCAGAGUAUAUUUAGGAAAAUAAACAGCGAAACUUAUAAAAUUCACCGAAACCGGGUACGAAGACAAGUUCCUCUUUUACCAAAUAGUCCAAAUAAUAUUUGGAGAUAUAGACAGGAAGUAAGAACCAAUAAUGGAUAUCAUUUCAAUUUAUAUGCAAUCAGAGUCAGGGAAUUGAAAGCGACCGGCCAAUAUGAUAUAAUAGCCAAUAUCAACCGAGUGUCAGUAUCCAAGGCUUACGUCGGCAUCAAUUUCCUUCCAUGGCAUCGUCUUAUACUGCUUGUAUUGGAAACUGCUCUUGGUGUUCCUAUUCCAUACUAUGAUUCAUCCUUAGACCAUGAGAUGGAAGAUCCGACCAAUUCUUGUGUGUGGGAACCAAGAUAUUUUGGAGAAGGUAUUGGUCCCGUACUUCAAGGGAGGUUUGCCAACUUUAUAACUCCCGCAGGACCACUGUUCAGAAAGAUUAACGCCGGUGGUGUUUUGAUAUCGAGGCCGAUGAUAAUCAGUCAUGUGUGGUCACAGAGAUACCUAACUGAAAUAUCAACGCCGACAGCAAGAUACAAAUCUAACUUAGAAGGUCAAAGCAACAACGUUCAUUACUGGAUUAACGGUAUUAUAUCAAACUUAGCUUUAAGUGCUUACGAUCCAAUCUUCUUUAGCCAUUAUGCCUUUAUCGAUUAUAUAUGGGAUAUUUUUAGAACGGUUCAAAGUUCAAAAGGAAUAAACUCGGAAACAGAUACUGGGACAAAGUAUCCACCAGGUCAGAACCCAAGCGAUUCAUCGGAUUUAAAUGGUCUCCUAAACUCCGAAGGGUACAGUUUUAAGACGUCCAAUUUGGUAUCCUAUCGUCGAUGGGCACAGUGUCCUUCCUGUGACAUUUCCGACGAUGUCUAUUGUGAUAAAGUUAGAUGGGUUUGUGUUUCUCGACAAAAACCUAUUCCGUCAGCAAUUCCACAACAAAUUGCAAUCCACCAAACCGACAGACUAGCAAGUAUAUCCGCAUUAAAGGAUGGUAAAUUCGGACCACCAUUUACACCAUUUGCCAACGAUUCCCGAACAAGGGGAGAUGCCGUGCAAGCCUCGCAAAUGGAGAAGGAUAUAAUUAAGAAAAAUCAGAAAUUUAGAGUGUCUUAAUGAUGACAAUUUGACUUUAAUUUUUUUUGGUUCUACUAUGCGUUUAAUUUUAUAAGGGGAAUUAAUGGAUUUAUGUUUGUCUUCUGAAAUAUGAAGUCUAUCAUUUUUACGAACAACACCAAAUUAAAGUCACUUUCAAUGUA